AUGUCCCACGAUACGAUUGACGAGUCGCUGUACAGUCGCCAGCUGUACGUGCUGGGGCACGAUGCCAUGAGGCAGAUGUCCUCUAGCAAUGUGCUAGUGGUGGGUCUGCUGGGUCUCGGUGCUGAGAUCGCAAAGGACAUCGCACUGGCAGGUGUGAAGAGCGUCACGCUGUACGACCCGAACCCGGUGCAGGUGCAGGACCUGAGUUCGCAGUUCUUCCUGCGCAUGGAGGAUGUGGGAAAGCCUGGUGUGACGCGUGCGAGUGCUACUGCCGUGCGGCUGGCGGAGCUAAACCCCUACGUGCCUGUGAGGGCGCUCGAUGUGCCUGAGCUUGACAAGGAGACGCUCCUGUCGUUCAAGGUGGUGGUGCUCACGCAUACCAACCUGGGCGAGCAGCUCCGCGUAAACGACAUUACGCAUGACCAGGGCACCCACUUUAUUGCUGCGGACGUGCGUGGUCUGUUCGGCACGGUAUUUAACGAUUUCGGAUCGCACUUUGUGUGCAAGGAUACCACUGGCGAGCCGGCUCUGCAUGGCAUGGUCGUGUCCGUAUCGAAGGACUCUGAAGGUCUUGUCACGACCGUUGACGAGACACGUCACGGUCUAGAGGACGGCGACUACGUCACGUUUGCUGAGGUGCAAGGUAUGACCGAGCUGAAUGGCAUCGAGCCGCGGCGUGUCACGGUGAAGGGGCCCUAUACAUUCACCAUUGGCGACACGUCGAAUUUUGGCGACUAUGUGGGCGGGGGUGUAUUCAAGCAGGUCAAGCAGCCGCGCGAACUGCACUUCAAGAGCUUGCGCGAGAGCCAGCUGGAGCCCGAGUGUAUGAUGUCGGACUUUGCCAAAAUGGACCGGCCGCUGAUCCUGCACGCUGCCUUUGAAGCACUGUAUUCGUUUGAAGUGCAGAACCGCCGCUCGCCGCGUCCGCGCAAUGCGGAUGAUGCGCAGGCGGUGCUGGAUCUAGCGCUGGCCCUGCUCAAGGCGCGCGGCCAAGCGGCCGAGGAUGAAGCGACUAAAAAGCUGGUGCAUCUGCUGGUGCGUGAGCUGGCUUUCCAAGCGACCGGUGAUCUGUCGCCGAUGUCGGCCUUUGUUGGUGGCUUUGUCGCACAGGAAGUGCUGAAGGCUUGCAGUGGCAAGUUCCAUCCACUCCUGCAGCACAUGUACGUGGACGCGCUCGAGGCUCUGCCUCAGCAGGUGUCGUCGCUGCCCGAGUCGGAGUUCGCACCGCAGGGUUCACGGUACGAUGGACAGAUUGCCGUGUUUGGCAAGGCAUUCCAGGCCCGUAUCGCCAAUACGCGUGAGUUCCUCGUGGGCAGCGGUGCGAUUGGCUGUGAAAUGCUCAAGAACUGGAGUAUGAUGGGCCUGGCCUCGGGUCCUGAGGGCCGGAUCUAUGUGACCGACUUGGAUACGAUUGAGAAGAGCAACUUGAACCGUCAGUUCUUGUUCCGCCCCAAGGACGUGGGUCAAUUUAAGUCGGACACGGCGGCGGCAGCCGUCAUGGAGAUGAACCCUGACUUGAAAGGCAAGAUUGUCACGUACCAGAACCGUGUGGGCACCGAGACGGAAGACGUGUACGAUGCAGCCUUCUUUGCCCAGCUCGACGGUGUGACGAAUGCGCUGGACAAUGUGGCGGCCCGUGUCUAUAUGGACAGCCGUUGUGUGUACUUCCGCAAGCCACUGCUGGAGUCUGGCACGCUGGGCACGAAGGCGAACACGCAAGUGGUGGUGCCGGAUCUCACCGAGUCGUACGCGUCGUCGCAAGACCCGCCGGAAAAGUCGAUCCCUGUUUGUACGCUGAAGAAUUUCCCGAACCAGAUUGAGCACACGAUCCAGUGGGCGCGCGAGCAGUUUGACGAGCUCUUUGAGAAGCCGGCGACCAAUGUCAACCAGUACCUGUCGCAGAGUGACUACCUCUCGUCGCUGGCUGCGUCGGGCGAGUCGAGCUACAAACAGCAGGUGGAGCAGAUCAAGGCGUACCUGGUCGAUGCGCGUCCCCAGUCGUUUGACGCGUGCAUUGUGUGGGCACGCGAGAAGUUUGAGGAGAACUAUGUGAACAUGAUCAAGCAGCUCCUUUUCAACCUGCCAGCAGAUGCGAAGACGACAACAGGACAGCCAUUUUGGAGUGGCCCGAAGCGCGCGCCGACGCCGCUGACGUUUGACCCGCAAAAUGAGCUGCACAUGGCGUACAUCGUGGCCGCUGCGAACCUGCACGCAUUCAACUAUGGGCUGCACGGCUCAAACGAUGUGGCGCACAUGGCACAGGUGGCAUCGCAGGUGCAAGUGCCGACGUUUGUGCCGCGCGAGGCCAAAGUGCAGAUCAACGACAAUGACCCUGCGCCGAGUGCUGUGGGCAAUGCAACGGAGGACCAGGCUGCUCUGGAAGAGCUCGUCGCCAGUCUUCCUGCGCCGUCGACGCUCGCUGGCUACCGGCUGCAGCCGGCUGACUUUGAGAAAGACGACGACUCCAACUACCACAUUGACUUUAUCACGGCCGCAUCGAAUCUGCGUGCGACGAACUACCAGAUCACGCCUGUGGACCGGCACACGACCAAGGGCAUUGCGGGAAAGAUCAUUCCUGCGAUUGCGACGACGACGGCGCUCGCAACCGGCCUGGUCAACCUAGAACUGUACAAGCUGCUGGACGGCAAGCGUGACAUCGAGUCGUACUCGAACGCCUUUGUGAACCUGGCGCUUCCCUUCAUUGCCUUUAGCGACCCGAUUGCGGCGCCCAAGCACAAAUUCAACGAUACAGAAUGGACGCUAUGGUCGCGCUUCGAUGUGGACGAUAUGCCGCUGCGCGAUUUUAUCCAGUACUUCCACGAUGUGCAUGGCCUGGACAUCACGCUCGUCUCGGGGGCGAUGGCCAUGCUGUACGCGGACUUCAUGCCGCCGAAAAAGAAGGAAGAGCGCCUAGGCAUGAAGAUCAGCGAGCUCGUCGCGACCGUGUCGAAGAAGCCGAUUGAGCCCCACGUGACGCACAUUGGCAUCGAAAUUAUGGCGGACGACCGCCAGGGCGAGGACGUCGAGGUGCCGUCGGUGUCCGUCCGCAUCAAGUAG